GUAUACUUAGUACUUGAGCGUGGAGUUUGGAUUCUGCCCUCCCCGCCGAUAAAACAGAAUAGAAGAAGCUUUGACUUCCUUUGCCUCUUUUUGGCCCGGUAGUGUCACUUGACACACACAGGUACUUUUGUGUGUCACUUCCAUUCAUUUGGCUGCAGAGCGAGCACACGAUGUUCACUAUUGCCGUGUUCUUGGUUUGUGCAGCCUCCUGUGUCGCAACGUCUGCCGCUGGUGCUGCUGUAGGACCCCAGCUGAAUAACAACCAGCUGUACAAAUUCAGCUACAGCACAGAGGUGCUGGUGGACAGGGCCCAGGGGUCAAAAGAGGGCAGUGCCGGUUACAAGAUCUCCAGUGAUGUGGAUGUCAAUCUGGUGUGGAGAGAUCCGAGCAAUAAGGAUGAGCAGUUGAUCCAGCUGAAGAUCUCCAAUGUGAGAGCUGACCCAGUGUCCCAUCGAUCUGAAAAGAAGAAUGUCCUCCAUGGAACCACCACUGAAACUCUUCUGGGAAAAACCAGACUGGCAGCUUUGACAAAGCCUUUCUUUGUGCAUCUGAGAAAUGGAAAGGUUAAAGCUUUUUAUUCCUAUUGGGCGGAGCCGGCCAUCAUCAAAAACCUUAAACGAGGGGUGUCCAGUUUACUGCAACUGCAGCUCAAAACGGGAAAAGUUAUUGAGAACGAUGUGUCCGGAAGGUGCACAGUUGCAUACAAGGCGGAAAACAACCAAGUGACCAGGACAAAGUUCUUGGAGUCAUGUACAUCUGCAGAGACCGGAUUCACCACACACAGCCAGGUUUUGGGCGUGACCCGGAAAUCUAGCUCCAUUACGGUGUUCACACUGGAAGAUGGUUUCAUCCGCUCAGCUGUGUCUGAAGAAAGACACUCACUGGCUGUCAAUGCCCACCGGUCUGCGGCUGCAAAAGUUGUGUCCAGGCAAAGCUUCACACUGGUGGGGACGGAAGCUGGACCCCUGGAGAUCGCUGGAAAAGAUGCGGCCGUGGUUGUCAAGUCCAUUGAUGCCAAGAUAGCAGCUGUCGGCAUCAAAGCGGAGAAGAUCACGGCGCAGUGCAAAACGUGUCCAUCACUCUUUGAACACUGGCAGGCUCUACAGAAGAAACUGGAGCCGGAAAGUUUGUCCAAGGCCGCGGCCCCUCGCAGCUUCCUUGCGCUUAUCCACAGCAUCAGGAAGGCAACCAAAAACGAUAUCCUCCAAAUGCUGAAGAGCGCCAGCAAGACAUCGAUUCCUCAGGUGGUGGAUGCCGUUACUUCCGCCCAAACGACAGCCUCACUGGAUGCCAUGCUUGAAUUCCUCAACUUUACAGAUGCCAAAGGUACGGUUCUGCAGGAGAGGUUCGUUUAUGCCUGCGGAUUCGCUUCUCAUCCUAACGAGAGGAUGCUGCAAACGAUGCUGGAUAUUUCUAAAUCAAGGAUUGGCAGCCCUGACAUCAAGGAGUCAGUAGUGAUUAUUAUGGGAGCCCUGGUCCAUAAAUUGUGUCAGAAAGGAGGAUGUAACUUACCGACAGUCGUUGAGGUCAAAAAGAUGAUUCUAGAGGGACCAGACAGCACUCAGGAAGAGUCCGAGGUUCAGAUGUUCCUCCUGGCUCUGAAAAACUCUCUGCUCCCUGAGGCUAUUCCCAUCUUUACCAAAUACACAGAGUCAGAAGUGGGCGCGUACAGCACCAUCGCACUCACCAGCCUGCAGAGAUACGACGUCUCCCUCAUGACAGAUGAGGUAAAAAAGACAGUGAACCGAAUUUACCACCAGAAUCGACGCAUUUACGAGAAAAACGUGCGAGCUGCCGCUGCAGAUGUCAUCCUGAGUAGCAAGCCCUCGUACAUGGAGAUCAAGAAUCUCCUGUUGUCCAUCGGACACCUGCCGCAUGAGAUGAACAAGUACAUGUUGUCGAAGAUCCGGGACAUCCUCCGCUUCCACAUGCCCGCCAGCAAAGUUCUAAGACAAGUUAUGCGGGACAUGAUUUCACACAACUAUGACCGAUUUUCAAAAUUCGGGUCAUCAUCUGCCUACUCAGGAUUCAUGGCACAAUCUGUUGAUGUCACCUCCACAUACAGUUUGGACAUUUUGUAUUCCGGCUCUGGAAUCUUGAGAAGAAGCAACAUGAACAUUUACGGUGCUAGUAAAGGAGCAGUGCUACACGGACUUCAGGUUGCGAUUGAGGCGCAGGGUUUGGAGUCGCUCAUUGCCGCCACACCGGAUGAGGGCGAGGGAGACUUGGAUUCGUUCGCCGGGAUGUCGGCUCUGCUGUUUGAUGUGCAGCUAAGACCUGUCACCUUCUUCAAGGGUUAUAGCGACCUCAUGUCCAAAAUGUUCUCCAUGACUGGGGAACCCAUGAAUGUGGUGAAGGGUCUCAUUCUGCUGACUGAUCAUUCUGAGGUCAUUCAGCUGCAGUCUGGUCUGAAGGCAAGUGCAGAGUUCCAAGGAGGGUUAGCCAUCGACAUCUCUGGUGGCAUGGAGAUCAGUUUGUGGUACAGGGAGUCCAAAACCAGCGUAAAUAACAGGGGAGCGCUAGUGAUUUCCGGGAAUCUUACAGUCGACAUGGACUUCAUGAGUGCCGGUUUGGAGGUGAGCUUUGAAACGGAAGCCUCCCUCGACUUCAUCACCACUGUGCAGUUCUCGGAGUAUCCUUUCCUGGUUUGCAUGCAAAUGGACAAAGCCACCUUUCCCAUUAGCAAUUACCUAAAGAAACACGAGAGCCUGUCAUCAGGAAAAAGCGUGGUGACACAAAAGAGCAAGAAGCUGCUCGUCCCUGGCUCUGAGUUCCCGCUCCACCAGGAAAACUCAAACAUGUGCAAGAAGGUUUUUGACUCCAGCUGGUAGAGGUGACACCACUAACUCCCCAGGAGGAAACUUCCAUGUUUGGGGCAUUUUAUAUUUCUCCUCUGUGAGGUUUUGGUGCAUUUCUAGUAUAUGUCACAUCACAACUUAGCAUCAUGCCGUGAAAAGCCCAAAGAAACCACUGUGGUGAAUGUGCUGUUGUUUGUUGUUGUUGUUUGUCUGUUUUUUUUAAACAACAUAUGCAAUGUUUACAUUCCUGUGAAUAUUGGAGUAAUUUGAUGUUUUGUUUGAAACUGGGACCUCUUGUUGUUGUCUUGUUAUGGCUUUAUUUGAAAAUAUAUUUAUGUUGGGCACAUAACAGUACAGUAAAAAAAGGGAUUGGAAAUGUAAUUUUUAUAUCAAUCCCACCCGAAAACCUUAUUUUAUUAAAUGUGUUUACUUGAAGCAACUCGUGUCACCCUUCACAUUUAAAUAAUGAUCCAGAAUGUACCAUAGUAGUAAUGACAUUCACCAUAAUGGUUUUUUUACACUGUACUUACAGGAUCUGGGAUUUAAAAAAAAAUAAUAAUAAUAACGUGUUUUAAAUCUACAUUUUGAAAUAGGUUUUUUUGUAUAAUUUUAAUGGAAAGCUUUAAUGAAUUUUUAUGACCGUACUGGCUUUUUGGGAGAUCACUUUGUUUUAAAUAUAUUUGGAUGGAAAUAAAUAUACACUGGAAACUCCAA